CAGAAAUUGGGAAAGUCUCACAUCGGCCGUGGUUCCUGGCAUGGGGAGGGUAACCGGGCACUGUCAGCAGGGUCAGAUUCUCACAAUAGACGCUAUCAGGGCAGUUCCAAAAAAGUUUCAGUUUAGUACGUUUUCUUUUUUCGCUUGCUUUAGCUGUGGGGAGUUCCACAAAUGUUUCUCCCGCACAGCACUAUGUCAAACAAUUCAAGCAACUUCCUGCUGGUUCCCAUUCCCGAGGUCCCGGUGGUCGACUGUCUGCAUAACAAAAAUGUGAAGAUCGCGGUGCUGGGAGCAAAGAACGUUGGAAAGACCGCCUUGAUUGUACGUUUUCUCACAAGACGAUUCAUUGGAGAUUAUGAACCAAACACAGGAGCUUUAUACACCAGACAAAUGAAUAUCGAUGGGGAUCAAAUUACACUGCAAAUUCAGGACACUCCCUUCAUUACUCAGGGAGAUGGAGAUGAUCCGCGGAGUCAAGAAGUUAUAACUCGAUCCCUUCACUGGGCAGAUGGUUUUGUUUUUGUCUUUUCGCUUACAGACACAGACAGCUGGAAAACUCUCCGUCCACUCCAUCAGCAAAUCAGGAAAAUCUAUCCCAACAUCCGACUUCCAUUUGUGUUGAUAGGAAACAAAGCUGAUUUACCUCACGCACGGCAAGUUGAAACAACUGAAGGGAUCCAGUUGGCAAAUGAGAUAGGAGGAGCUUACUAUGAAGUUUCUGCCAGAGAAAAUUGUAAUGAGGUCUAUGAUGCUUUCCAUCAAGUCUGCCAAGAAAUUAGUAAAAUGAUGGGAAGCAGCAACGGAGAGAAAAGAAGAGGUCUGCUUUUAGCUAGGCCCAAAUCACCAAACAUGCAAGAUUUUGGAAGGCGCUUAAAGCAAGCUCUAUCAUCUAAAGUAAAAUCUACUAGUGCUAUUUAACAGCACUCUUUUGCACAGGUUGCAAGCUUCAUAUCCAUUGUAUUUCCAGUUUACAUGAGGGAUGAAUGGAAAGUAUUUUCUGAGGACACCAAUUAAGUGAAUACUCAAAGAUAUUUUAAAGAUUAGCAUAUGCAAAUUGUGACUUCUUGCAAUUUUCAGUUUCCUUCUCCAUGUAUGCCAUGUGACAGAAUUUUAACUGCUGAGUGUGUGUUUUUAUGUGUAUACAUAAUGAAGAAAUUCAGUUCCCAGUGUGCAAUGCGGGUGGUUCACCUGGAACCGGAAGUGAUAUUGGUGAGCUGGUUAUGCGUGCUCAGUGUGAAGCUAAAAGCCAUGUACUGCUUUAUGGAAUCUUGGUGUUGCUGCUUCAUCCGGUUCAAUUCUGGCCUUUGUGCCUUUGAGUUUACCAAUACCCUUCUCAAACACCUUGUUAUUAGUAUUAAGCAGCUGUGACAAUCUUUGGGCUGGGCUGCAGUUGCUUGUUGAUGACACACUGAGAACUUUAAUUGUGUGCCAAUCUAGUUGGAUUUUUCUCAACCAUUCACAUCUGAAAAGUGCUGGCCUUCCACUUUUCAACACAUAAAGUCCUAACUGCUGUGUUUAGCCUCCAUAUAUCAUAUUCACUUUCAGUUUGCCUUUGGGAGACACUUCUUCACCUAGUAGGUCUUUAGCAUCACCAAGCUUAGAAAACAGUCUGUUGUAGUCAAAGCUGACCCUGUAUCCAGCUUCAUUUUAUGAUUUUGCAAUCUGCUUCAGUAUCGCCAUAUAGUUCUAGGCACAGCAGCUCAGCUUUGUCACGCUCUGUGUUGUCUGAUUCAGUUUCACAUUUAGUCACUUUAUGCAUUUGUUUAGUUUUGUGUUUGAAACUUUUUACUCCAUGCGAUUUUUCUCUUUGCUUGUGUUUUUUGUCUGACUUACACACUCUCUCUAUGUGGCCUUGCCUGUGACACUUUCUGCAAACCCUUUCUUUGAACCAACAAUCACUUGCAUCAUGGAUGGAUUUGCCACAUCGAUAACAUUUUUGGUUUUAUGCACCAUUCAGGGACAUUUUGCAAAUUUCACAUUCUGAACUCUUUUUCUGUAAUUCUGACUUGUCCUUUGCUGCAGUCUCUAAUGAUAUGGCAAUGGUGAAUGUCCAUUCUAAGGUUAAGUCUCUUUCUGACAGUAGGUUCUUUUGAGUGCUUUGUUUAUGCAUGCCACGUACAAGCCUGUCCCUUAAUGCAUCAGAAAGUCUAUCUCCAAAGUCACAGUAUUGGGAAAAUUUGCACACUUCUGCAAUGCAUUCAGAAAUGUUUUCAUCCUUUGACUGGUUCCUUUUGUGAAAUCUAAAACUCUCUGCAAUUACUAGCAGUUUUGAGCUCAAGUGAUUUAGCAAAAUGGCAACGAUUUCAUUGAAUGUCUUGCUGACUUUUCAGGAGUUACUAAUUUGCUUAAGAAACUGUAUGUUCUGGCAGUCAUUAAACGAUGAAUUGUGGAGACUUUCUUUACCUCAACCACAUCGUUAGCAUUACUAGUUCAACCCUCUCGAGAUACAAUUCCCAAUCCUCAUUAGCACUAUCAAGUUCAUCAACUUUCCCAACUAAGGCCAUCGUCACAUUAUUUUUACUUUAGCUUUGCUUGUUGUGCAUCUCUCACUGUGUACUGUGCACCAUUAUUCACGUGCCCUUUUCUAGCAUUCGUGACCACCUUCUCCCUCACCGUACUGGUUCAGUUCGCUCUUUUCUCUCGCUGUCUCUGUCCCUUCCUCCGAAUUCUGUCAUUUCGUAACUGACAGUGUAGUUGGUGAUAUCCGUUGACAUUCAGGUUUGUACUCAUCAACAAUUUGUUUUGUGUGUACAAUUUCAUAUUAAAUAAAUAAAGGCAUGCACUCAGAGACCAAGUUAAUGUGUAUAUUCACUUAGCAGAGAGAGCAGGAAAUCAAUGUGCAUGUGUGAGUUAUCAUUCAAUAAUUAGUGCUAAGAAGAGUCAUUGCAUUAAAAGAAAUAGAUCCAUACAGUGGUGAUAGGCAAAUUACGGUGGGUCCAGGUCCUUACUGAAACAGGACGUGAUUCUAGCCAUGACCAACCUCUCAAAGCAUUCAUCACCACAGACCUGAGUGCUGCUGGACCAUAGUCACUGAGUGGCUCAAAGAUGCAAAAAUUUGAUUUGGUGGAUCAGCCAGUUUAAAAGAUCCAUCAAAUUCAUUUAAACUGAACAGCUCUCAAGUCAUGUUAUGACAAUUCUGAGGCAGAUUGCUGGCGAACUUGUAGCAAUCUCCAUAACCCAACUUAUUCUUCCUGCAUAUGCAUUGCUUGUUGGCAAACCAAACUCUGCAGGAACACCCUGAAAGUGCUUUUGUUUUUUGAGGUGUCCUUCUUUUUCUGGCUUAUCAGCAGAGCUGACACUGAACUAGAAUCAGGUUGACUAUCACCGGCAUAUGUUGUGAUAUUUAACUUUGCAGCUGCAGUACAAUGCAAUACAUGAUAAACAUAGAAAAGCAACUGAGUUACAGUAAGUAUACAUAUAUAUUCUUACUGUAUAAAUUAAAGUAGUGCAAAAACAGAGGUAAAUUUUAAAAAAUGAGGUGCUGUUCUUGGGUUCAACGUUCAUUUAGAAAUCAGAUGGCAGUGGGGAAGAAACUGUUCCUGAAUAGCUGUGUGUGUGCCUUCAGGCUUCUGUACCUCCUUCCUGAUGGUAGUAAUGAGAAGAGGGCAUGUCCUGGUUGGCGGAACCCUUAACGAUGGAUACUGCCUUCCCGAGGUACCACUCCUUGAAGGUCUCUUGGAUACCACGGAGGACGGUACCCAUGAUGGAGCUGACUAAUUUUACAAUUUUCUGCAACUUACUUUGAUCUUAUGCAGUAGCCCCCUCAUACCAGACAGUAAAAGAGCCAGUCAGAAUGCUCUGAAGAAGAUUUCAAGUGUUUUAGGUGACAAACCAAAUCUCCUCAAACUCCAAAUGAAAUAUAACCACUGUCUCGCCUUCUUUAUAGCUGCAUCAAUAUGUGGUGUCCAGAUUAGGUCCUCAGACUUACUGACACCCAGGAACUUGAAAUUUCUCACCCUCCCCAAUUUUUUUUUUUACUAAUUUUUUAUUGCAACACCAACAAACUCUCUCCAAUUCUGAUCCCCCUAUGAGGAUUGGUUUGUGUUCCCUCAUUCUACCCUCUGUGAAGACCACAAUCAGCUCUUUGAUCUUACUAACAAUGAGUACAAAGUUGUUGCCACUGUUGUAGCGUGGAUGAAAUCACUGGAGAGACAGAGUCACUGGUAGAUACAAAGCAGCUUCUUUAUUUGACACAACACGACACAGCAGGUAUCUACGGACGGAGACACUUUCGGUGGAAAGGUCUGCUAGCCCAAUGUGGGCUUGAUGUUUAUAUGCUAAACACAAAGGCAAUCGCUACUUAAAAAGUUAUAGACAAUGCAUAGACAAUGCUUCCUAUUGAAGUUACAUACAAAAUAUCACACCACCUAACUCCAUCCUUUCCUUCUGAUGCCAAAAGUCUGGGUUGGUAUCCACAGCCUUUAGGAAUGUAGUUAAAUCCACAAUACAUUUAUUUGGCAUUUUACGUGCUAACAUAGAAGACAAUUAAUAUUUAUAAUGUAUAGAUAAUACUGUCUUUGAAACAACAGCAUCUGGUCAAACUACGGCGCCAGAAGCAUCUGGUCACACCUUUUUAGGAAGCGCAUUGUUGUGGACUGAAUCCUCAGUACUUUGUCAAAUAGUCAAACAGAAGUCUGGUGGCCAAAGUUAUUUAAGUGUAAACAAAUCAUCUACUCAAAAAAUCUCACUCUAACAGCCACGACCAGAGAAUGUUCCAGUAAAAGGGAGCUGUAUGGUGAUCACUGAGCACAAGGGGCAGCACUAAAGGAGCAGCUACUGAUUGUGGAAAGGCAAGUGCAGCCAACAUUAGGUCUGACUGCAUGUGAAAGGCUCAACCCCGUGGGAACAGUUUUUAUAGUAGCUUCACAGACCAAAGGUGACCAGGCGUCACUCAUGGAAGAGUACGCAGAUGUCUUUAAGGGGCUCAGGUGCUCUCCUGAUGUAACUCGAGAAACUCCUAACAACAUCCAUGAGAGCUCCAGAGAGGUUAAGCAAGAGAACAUGAGAGCCCCAGAAUGGUUUUGCAAGAGAAGCACAAGAAAUCCACCUUCCAUAGACAUCUGUAUCAGCUACACCAGUGAUUGUCAGGAUGCCAGUGCUGAACAGGGUGAUCAGGAUGAAGAAGUCGCCAGGCUUGCUUCCACAUUAUGCAACCUGUCUGUCACUGACUUCCAAUUAAGGACAAGAAAUCAAAAAUAUCUCCACAAUCCUCAGCUCCAUUAUGAGGUAUGUGGAGCAAAUUAUGUUCACGCAGCAAGAACAAGUACAGAGACAAACAGAUAGGAUCUUGGCAGCAGAUGUGAAAAGUAAACUUGUUGUUCAGAAAGACUCUAAUAUUAACACAGCAAAGGAAAGCAAUACAUCUGUGGAGACAAAUAGCAGAACAAAAGAUCAUUGAAUCACCACCAAGGCUGAUUCAGAGUUUAUGAGUGAAAUGGGACUGUAUUUGCUCAUUUCAAUUGAAGUUAAUGUAAAUAUCUUUGUGGAAAGCAUUGUUGUUUCUUGCAGGUUUAUGAGGGCAGAGUAUUGUGUAUGUUUUCUCUAAAGGGGGAAGAUCUGUGUAUUAUGUGUGUACAUAAUAGAGAACUUCACUUCCCAAUAUGCAACGCGGGCAUUUUGCCCAGAACUGAAAGUGACAUUGACGAACUGGUUGCUUGCACUCAGUGUGAAACUAGAAGCUGUGUACUGUAAAUAAAUGUGUGUUCAUUUUUCCAUUGCAAAGUUUGUCUUUAUUAAAGAACUAACAUAACUUGGUGCAAAAGGUGCUCAGUGUUAUGUGUAGGCAUGUUUACUUGUGAUGUAUACAGUCAUUAUGAUAGUAGCUUGUUUUGUGCCACUAAUCUGCUGAAUUAUAUUGAGUUAAAAUUAUUCUCAGACUGAAGCAAUUUUAAAUUGUGGACUAAGUUACAUUAUUAGAAGCAUCCACAGGGAACUCUUGUUUUCUCAAAUUAUAAAUGCAUUGAGGUUAAAUCCCACAGAUGCUGCAGGUUGAAUAACUUUCUAUAAAGUUCCAUUAUUCAUUGAAAUUCUGGUUUCAAAUGCUUGUAUAUUAAGAAGGCAUGACCAUUAAUCAGGGACUCCUGUUAAAAAUGAUGCUUGUCUGUUCAUGACAGAGUUAUGUUUGACAAUAAUGUUCUGGUGAGAGGGUAGCUGGCUGCCACCAGUUGCCCAAAUUCAUUUAUUUCUAAAAUAACCCGGCAGGAAGUAUUUAUUCAUAUUUUAUUGUAAAUAACUGAUGAUUAUGAUGUUGUUUAGGUAAGAGUGCAUGAGAAAAAAAGAUCAAAAAUUGCAUUGUCGCUCUUUCAGCAUUGUUUGUUCAAAUUGUGGUAAAUUAUUUACAUGCCGAUGUUUGGCUCCAUUUCACUAAUUAAAGCUUCCAUUGUGUGCUGAUUAGCGUGAUGAGGGAGAUUGAAGCAUCGAGGCCAGCUGCCUGUCUUUUGAUCAUUCUGUACCAGAGAGGGAACAGCCUGCCACUGGGCCUGGAGAAUAUUGCCCAGGUUUUCUGCGGUUUGAAUGUGGACAUGGACUAUAAACUUUCUUUCAGUCUUACUAAUUUUUAUAUUCUGUUUCUUGCCCAAACUUUCUUAUUUUUUUGUGUAGGGCG